AUGCCGAGCCCUCGGAGCAGCCGCGAGCGACGCGCCGGCAGCGGCGGCCGCCUGGAGUUCCUGUCCCUGAGCCAGCGCGGGCCCGCCGCCCCCGACAGCCCCUCCCGGCGCAGGGAGCCCGCCGGCACCGCGGCCGCCCCGCUGCCCGAGGAGGACUGCAUGAAGCUGAACCCGUCCUUCGUGGGCAUCGCCCUCAGCUCCCUGCUCGCCAUCGACCUCUGGGCCUCCAAGCGCCUGGGGGUGUGCGCUGGAGAGGGCUCGGCCUGGGGCAGCGCCCGGCCCCUGAUGAAGGUGAUCGAGGUGUCGGGCCAUGGCAUCCCCUGGCUGCUCGGCACCUUCUACGGGCUCUGCCAGAGUGACAGCUCGGCGGCCAGGGAGGUGCUGCUCAACCUGCUCUUCGCGCUGCUGCUGGACCUGGUGAUGGUGGCGGUGGUGAAGGGGCUCGUCAAGCGGCCGCGGCCCACGCACAACAAGAUGGACAUGUUCGUCACCAUCUCGGUGGACAAGUACUCCUUCCCCUCGGGCCACGCCACCAGGGCCGCUCUCGUCUGCCGCUUCGUCCUGCGCCACCUGGUCCUGGCCGUCCCUCUGCGGGUGCUCGUGGUGCUCUGGGCUCUCAUCGUCAGCAUCUCCCGGGUCAUGCUGGGCAGGCACAACAUGACGGACGUGCUCUUCGGGCUGCUGCUGGGCUACGCGCUGUACGGCGUGGUGGAGCACUGCUGGCUGUCCCCGGCCACCGCGCCCGCCCUCUUCGCGCUCUGGAGCCACUGAGCGACCGCUGGCGUCGGCACAAAGCGUGGGCCGUGUGCUGGUGUUCUGAGCACGCACAGGGAGGGGAUUCUGGAACUUGAACUGGCAUCCUAAACCCCAUUGUUCUGGCCAAGAUUCGUACAUGAGCUGUGCUGCAGGCUCCAGGGCCUGCGCUCAGCUGUCUGGUGCUGUCCUGCCCUCCUGCUGGGCUGUCGGGCACGGUCUGCGCUGACGGUUCUCUGGUGACCAAAGGCGGUCUCUGCAGAGCCUGGGGAGGGCUCAGCACACCCAUCCGGCAGCUCACUGCUAAUACUGUGAAUCUGCAUGCUCUCGCUGGGCAGCUGCACUAGCCCAUGGUGUAUGUGGUAGCUGUGACUGCAGAGGUUUCUCUACAAUCACCCCUGUAUCUGUAUCCUAUAAAUACACUGAUCAUGCUGCUGUCAUAAGCAUACCCUGCACACAGCCUGCUCUACAGCACCUGCCUGCAGGGGACCCACGGGGGGCUCUCCUCAGGGUUAGAAAGAGCUUUGCCUCCCUAAGCAAUCUCUUCCCUAUUGCUCUCAAUUUAAGUGCUGCACUAAGGCUAGAUGUCAAGCACAUGGCUCCCAGAGCCAUGGGGAAAGGAUAGCGGCACUGAAGGGUUGAUCAUCCAGAGGGCAACGGGGCAAGCAGUUCCCAGCAGCAGUCUGCUCCUGAAGCUCUUGUCCAGAAAUUCCCAGUUCCUUUUUCCCUCCACGGGGUUUUCAGUUUCUCAGGAGGUGCAAUGCAUUCACAGCAAUUGCUGAUUGAUAGCAUAUUCCAGGCUGCAGAGAGAGUCCUGCAGAGCCAGCCCUUUCCCAGAGCCCAGAAACACACCCAGCCCCAGGUCUGAGCCUUGCCUGCACUUCCUGCAGCAAGAGGCCCUGGCUCUGCCAACCACUGCCACAGCUCCCUGUGCUCCAGGCAGGCUGGCUCUCCUCCCCUGGCACCACUGGCAGCCUGUUUUUCACAGAGGACUGCUGGUGCUUGGCAGGAGGGGACCACGAGAAGCCUCUAUAAUGAGCUGGGGCCGAGGCUGAGCCAGAAAGCUGUAGAACACACUUCAUCAGGGACCACAGCCAGGCAGGGAGUGAGGGCUCUAGACUGAGCUCAAAUCAUCAGCUUCAGCAGUGCUCCUGGCAUGUGGGUAGAGGGAUUGGUGAGGUGAGGCUUUGUGGUCAUUGAGGUCUAUUAGGCACUCAGGAAAGCAGCGUUCUCCUGGGUGGAGUGUGCAGGAGCAGCCUGAUGGCUGCUGGUACGAGUGCCCAGUCACUGUCAGUUGUACAGGGGCUGAAAUGGAAGUGCUUGACAUGACAGGGUUCCCCUGAAGCUGAGCCCUGACCCACUGACAGGUGAAGCUUCCUGGGUUGGUGCUGCAGUGACCAAAAAAUAAUCCCCUGGGUUGCACUGCAUGCCUGGCAGCCAGCUGGGCCAGUUCAGCAUUUGCACAGCAGCACCAGGACACUCUGGCCAGCCCUCCUGCCCCAAGGCAGACACCAGCCCUGUGGUGGCUGUGGGAGCACAGGCAGGUGGCACACUCUGGGUGGGCAGCGUUUGGGGUGGGCAGGGCUU